AUGGAAGAUUGUGAUCUAAAAGAGAACAGAGCAGAACCUCCAGGAUCCAGCAGUCCGUCUAUGAGGAGUGACGCCUCCAAAUGUCAACCUCCAAACUUCAGUAAAGAACCUGGACCUUCAGAAUCACAAUGGAGGAAGAGGAGCAACGUUUGUGUGGAGGAGCAGCGAUCCUGCUGUGCGCUGUGUCAGAAGGUCCUAAUGGAUUCUGUCAUUGGGGACUCCUUCUGUCCCCAAUGUGGAGAAAGUUCCUUAACAGUAGCUAGACUGCUGAAAGGCAAUCAAAACAGUUGUGCACCAGCUGUUGGUCUGCAGGAGGUUCUAGAGGAACAUAAGAUCAGUCUGAGGAGGAGAUGUGAAUGUGUGACUGAAGGAAGUGAUGAACCAGGAAGUAGAACCCUCCUCAACACAAUCUACACUGAUCUCUACAUCACAGAGGGACAGAGUGACGAGGUUAAUACCCAACAUGAGGUAAAGCAGCUGGAGAUAGCUUCCAAGAUCCAAAACUUCUAUGGCUCUCCAAUCAGGUGCCAUGACAUCUUUAAAAACUUACCUGACCAACAUGGAGCCAUCAGAGUGGUUCUGACCAACGGCGUCGCUGGUGUUGGAAAAACCUUCUCAGUGCAGAAGUUCACUCUGGACUGGGCCGAGGGCUUGGAGAACCAAGAUGUCCGUGUGGUGGUUCUGCUGUCGUUCAGGGAGCUGAACCUGAUCAGAGGUGAGCAGCACAGUCUUCUCACGCUGCUCCAUGUUUUCCAUCCAACCCUCCAGAAGCUCCCAGCAGAGCAGCUGGCUGCCCACAAACUUCUUUUCAUCUUUGACGGCCUGGAUGAAAGCACACUUUCUCUGGACUUCAACCACAGUCGGCUGGUUUCUGACGUCACACAGAAGUCAUCAGUCGACGUUCUGCUGACAAACCUCAUCAAGGGGAACCUGCUUCCCUCGGCUCUCGUCUGGAUCACCUCCAGACCUGCAGCGGCCAAUCAGAUCCCUCCUUCAUGUGUUGCCAGGGUAACAGAGGUACGAGGCUUCACCGACACCCAGAAGGAGGAGUAUUUCAGGAGGAGGUUCAGUGAUGAAGAGCUGUCCAGCAGAAUCAUCUCCCACAUUAAGACCUCCAGGAGCCUCCACAUCAUGUGUGGAAUCCCAGUCUUCUGCUGGAUCACUGCUACGGUUCUGGAGGACAUGUUGACCACAGAGCAGAGAGGAGAGCUGCCCAAGACCAUGACUGACAUGUACUCUCACUUCCUGCUGGUCCAGACCAGGAGGAAGAACAACAAGUACCAUGAAGGACAUGAGAGGAGUCCACAGGAGCUGAUGGAAGCUGACAGAGAAGUUCUCCUGAAGCUGGGGAGGCUGGCAUUUGAACAUCUGGAGAAAGGAAACAUCAUAUUCUACCAAGAAGACCUGGAGCAGUGUGGUCUGGAUGUCUCAGAUGCCUCGGUGUACUCAGGACUUUGUACAGAGCUCUUCAAGAGAGAGAGUGUGAUGUUCCAGAAAGCAGUCUACUGCUUUGUCCAUCUGAGCAUUCAGGAGUUUCUGGCUGCAGUCUACAUAUUCCACUGUUUCACAAACAGAAACAGAGAGGUCAUAGAGAACUUAUUGGAAGAAAAAUAUAGUGAAGCAUUUUUGGAGAGUUUCAUGGAAAAAGUCAUGGAGAAAUCUCUCUUUAGUACAAAUGGCCAUCUGGACCUGUUUGUUCGCUUCCUUCAUGGCCUCUCUGUGGAGUCUAACCAGAAACUUCUAGGGGGCUUGCUGGGUCAGUCAGAAAACAGUCCAGAAAUCACCCAGAUGCUCAUCAACAAUCUGAAGGAGAUGAACACUGAUUAUAUCUCUCCUGACAGAAGCAUUAACAUUUUUCACUGUCUGAUGGAGAUGAAGGACCUCUUGGUUUAUCAGGAGAUACAAGAGUUUCUAAAAUCAAAGAAUAGGUCAGAGAAGAAGCUGUCUAUUUUUCAGUGUUCAGCUCUGGCCUACAUGCUGCAGAUGUCAGAGGAGGUUCUGGAUGAGUUGGACCUGAAGAAGUACAACACAUCAGAGGCAGGAAGACUGAGACUGAUUCCAGCUGUGAGAAACUGCAAAAUAGCCCGAUUGGAGCGUUGCAGUUUGUCAGAGAAAAGCUGCUCUUCUCUGGGACCAGCUUUGAAAUCCAACCCCUCCCAUCUGAGAGAACUGGACCUAAGUGAGAACCGUCUUAAAGAUGCUGGAGUGAAGGAGCUCUUUGGUUUUCUACAGACUCCCCUAUGCAAACUACAGAGAUUGAGAUUGAAGAGCUGUAAGGUGUCCGAGAUCAGCUGUGCUUCUCUGGUCUUGGCUCUGAUUUCCAACCCCUCCCAUCUGACAGAACUGGACCUGAGUGAGAACCAAGACCUGAAAGAUGCUGGAGUUAAGGAGCUCUGUGGUUUUUUACAGAUUCCACUCUGCAAACUACAAGGAUUGAGAUUCAGGGGCUGCAGUUUGUCAGAGAUCAGCUGUGCUUCUCUGGUGUCAGCUCUGAUAUCCAACCCGUCUUAUCUGACAGACCUGAACCUGAUGAGUAACAACCUGAAGGAGUUAGAUGCUCAACAGCUGGAGGAUCUUGUAAAGAGUGCAGACUGCAAACUAAAGAAUUUGAGAUGGAGGUGAUCUAUGUACAAAAGAGAAGCUGAACUGUGUCCUGAUAAUCCACAGAGAUUGAAAUUGCAGCAGUUUGAGUUAAGAGACUCUGACUGGAUCUUGAUGAUGAACUCAUAGCCUGUAACCAAGAAAUCUG